UGAUGGCAGCCCAUCCAAGUCUACAGUGGUUCGUGUGAUAGUCAGCAUUUUGGAUGAAAAUGACAACAGUCCCCAGUUCUUGGAAAAGAGUUUUAAAAUCAAGCUGGUGGAACGACCAGAGGCAGUUGAAUGGGAGCCAAUUUAUCGAGUGAUUGCUUAUGACAGAGAUCAGAGUCCCUCCUCUGAUAUCACAUACACGAUCGAGGAGGAUGAAGAGCACGGGAAAUUCUUCAUUGAGCCCACAACUGGGUUUGUGCUCUCCAAAGAGGCUUUUUCAGCGGCGGAGUAUCAUAUUCUCACAAUUAAAGCAUCAGACAAUGGGAAGCCUUCAAAGUCGUCCAUCUGUCGGUUGCACAUUGAGUGGAUUCCAAAGCCUAAGCUGGCUAAACAACCGCUGGCGUUUGAGGAGAUUCCACUCUCAUUCUCUGUGAUGGAGAAUGAUCCAGUAGCCCAUAUGGUGGGAGUUUUCAGCGCUCAGCCACUUAACUCACCUGUAUGGUUUACAAUCAAAGGAGUCACACAUGUUAAAGAGGUUUUUCACAUCCUACAGAUGGCUUGUGACCUGAACUGUACAGCAGGUGGAAAUGCUGACAGCCGCUUUGACGUGGAGAGGGCGAGUGGCACAUUAAUCAUCGCUGGAGCUCUAGAUGCUGAACGGCAGUCAAAUUACAACCUCACUGUUGAAGCAACAGAUGGAACAAGAUCUAUCAGCACUCAGGUCAUAAUUCAUGUUAUUGACACAAAUGAACAUCGCCCCCAGUUUGGCUUAAACCAAUAUGAGAUAAGUAUUCCAGAGGAAACUCAGCCUGGUAUGAAGAUACUGGAAAUAAAUGCAACAGAUAAAGAUGAGAAGAACAAAUUAUCCUACACACUGUUGAGCAGCACGGACCUGUUUAGCCUGAAGAAGUUUCGUAUUGAUCCUGGAACAGGCUUUCUGUACACCGCUGAAAAACUGGACCAUGAAACCAUGCACAGACAUAUCCUCACAGUAAUGGUUAGGGAUCAAGAUGUGCCUGUGAAGAGUAAUGUUGUGAGAGUGAUCAUCAACGUGGAGGACAGUAAUGACAAUGCACCAUGGUUCACAAGCUCUCAGUACACUGCCCGUGUGUUUGAGACAGCUGCGAUUGGUUCAUCUGUAUUACAGGUCACUGCUCUGGACAAAGACAAAGGCCUAAAUGCUGAAAUUCUCUACAGCAUAGAUUCAGGAAAUCAUGGAAAUUCCUUCAACAUUGAUCAGUCUUCAGGCAUUGUAACAGUUGCAAGAGAACUUGAUCAUGAAUACAAAGACCAGUAUGAAUUGGUAAUUAAAGCAUCAGAUAAAGGAGAGCCUCCUCUCAGUGUGGUUACAACUAUCAAGGUCACGGUCACUAGCUUGGAUAAUACCAAGCCAAAGUUCCCCUUCAAUUCAAUAUCAGCUGAAGUCAGUGAAUCUGUCGCUGUUGGGAGUUUUGUAACUUUAGUCUCAGCCUUCAGUCAAUCAACCAUCAACUAUCAGAUCAAAGAGGGAAAUGUGAACAGCGUGUUUGACAUCAAUCCAAACUCUGGUGCUGUCAUCACACGGAAAAAACUGGACUUUGAAACCCUUUCGUCAUAUAAACUGAUUGUGCAAGGGUCAGACAUGGCUGACGGGUCAAGCAGCGUCACAGUCAACAUUCAUCUAAAAGAUGAAAAUGACAAUGCUCCUGUUUUUACUCAACCUGAAUUUACUGGCUUCAUCAGUGAGUCAGCCAUGGUCAGAAGUGUAGUUCUGACCUCUCAGAAUGUUCCGCUUGCUGUUCGUGCAACAGAUGCUGAUCAGCACUCAAACGGCAGGCUUGUUUAUGAGAUUGUGGAGCCAUUUGCUCAUAACUAUGUUUCUAUUGAUUCUGGGACCGGAGCUAUUCAAACUCUCAGCAACUUGGAUUAUGAGCAGAGAAAGGUGUUUAACUUCCAAGUUCAGGUCCAUGACACUGGAGCGCCACGUUUGUUUGCUCGAAACACUGCCAAUGUGACUAUAUACGUCAUUAACGUCAAUGAUUGUGCUCCAAAAUUCACUCAGGAUUCAUAUGAGACAACACUCCUCCUUCCAACCUACAAAGGGGUUAAAGUGACAACAGUAAAGGCUACAGAUGAGGACUCAUUGCCAGACACCAAACUGCACUUUGAACUUGUAGAUGGCAACAUAGGGAACAAAUUCCUGCUUGAUCCAACUUCAGGUGAUGUUUUUGUGCAAAAUGCUACACAGUUGCGGAGCAGGUACAGACUGACAAUCCAAGUCUCUGAUGGAAGCUUUACUGGCACUGCAACUGUUAAAGUCAGUGUUAAAGAAAAUAAAGGUCACAAUUUGAAGUUUACUCAUGAAAUUUUCACCGCCUAUGUGCAGGAAAACUCAGUGGAGAAGAAAACCCUGGCAAUCCUCUCUGUAGUUGGAAAUAGAGUCAAUGAGCCUUUGUUUUAUUCUAUUCUCAAUCCUAACAGCAAAUUUGAAAUUGGACACACAUCUGGAGUGCUCUUCUCCACAGGCAUCCCAUUUGAUCGUGAAGAGCAGGAUUUAUUUGAAAUGUUUGUGGAGGUUACAAUAGAGCCAAGGUUAAACGGUACCGCCCAUGUGCUUGUGAGAGUUCAUGUUGAAGAUGUGAAUGAUAAUGCCCCCGUCUUUGUAGAUCAGCCCUAUAAUGUCAUUGUUCCGAUCGAAAAAACCGUGGGUUCAGUUUUCAGGAAGGUGACCACCGUGGACAAAGAUAUUGGCAGAAACGCAGAGGUUACAUACUAUUUGAAAGGUCAUGAUAGAUAUUUUCAGGUAAGCCCUUCUGGAGAAAUCUCUCUUAAGAGACCUCUUGAGCUUAAAAGCGUUGGCAAAUUCGUCAUUAACAUCGCCGCACAAGAUGGAGGCGAACCACCGCUGUUUUCAAAAGCAGAGGUUGAUAUUUCAGUGGUAAACAAAGCCACACCAGUGUUUGAAAGACCUUUUUACAAGAUUGAAAUCCCUGAGAAUGUGCAAGUGCGUACUUCUGUACUCCAAGUCGUGGCCAAUCAAUCUGCAGGACCUCGUACGGUCUACAGCAUCUGUGGGGGAAACCCAUUCAAUCAGUUCUACAUUCAUUUCAAUUCUGGACUCAUUGAAGUCAUCCAGCCAUUGGAUUAUGAGGCUCAUCCUGCAUAUCGGUUAUGCAUCCAGGCAACAGACUCUCUAACCGGGGCCAACUCUGAUGUUUUCGUAGAUAUCAUAUUGGAAGACGUCAAUGACAAUGCACCCAAAUUUGAAGCGGCAGUGUAUAACAUUAGCAUCUCUGAAUAUGUUGUAACUGGAACCUCAGUGCUACAAGUGGUAGCCAUGGACUCUGACACAGGAAGCAAUGCAAUAUUGUUUUAUCAGUUGUAUGAAAAGGAUGGAGCCACUUCAGAUUACUUCAGAAUAGAUGUUGAGAGUGGAGUCAUUUGGACUGCAGGGCUAUUGGACCACGAGACCCAAUCACAGCAUGAAUUUACUGUAAAAGCAGUUGACCGUGGAGUGUUUCAGCUGUCUGCUGAGGUCCAAGUGAUCAUAUAUGUAACAGAUCUUAAUGACAACCCGCCUGUUUUUGCACACCAGCUUUAUAAUGCCACCAUAAGUAAGAUUUCUUCUCCAGGGCAGCUUGUGACCUGUGUUAAAGCAUAUGAUGCUGACAGCCGUGGAACCAGUCAGCUUGAGUAUGCUAUUUUGUCUGGAAAUGACAACAAUGUCUUUGCCACUGAUGCGUCAAGUGGAGAAAUUGUGAUUGCCAACAUCAACCAACAGUCUCUUGAGCACUUCUACAGCUUAAUUUUGUCAGUAACUGAUGGUGUAUUUAGAAGUACUGCUGAGGCAAACAUCUAUAUGAUGGGCGAGAACAGCCACAGCCCAUCAUUUACCCAGGAUGAGUAUGUUAUUGAGCUCGCUGAGAACUCUCCAGUUGGUACAUUGGUUGGACAAGUUGAAGCCACUGACAAAGACCCAGGGAUAUAUGGACAGUUAACAUUCUUCAUUGUAAAUGAUAUUGCCAGGGAUAAAUUUACCAUCGACGAUGAUGGCCGGAUUCACACAGUAGAGUGUUUUGACAGAGAAAACCCAGACGAGAGAACAAUUAGCAUCAGUUUAAUGGCUAAAGAUGGCGGUGGUCGAUUAGGCUUUUGUACUGUUAUUAUAAUUCUCUCUGACCUGAAUGACAAUUCACCCAAAUUCAGGCUUUCAGAAUAUAAAGUUACUGUGCCGGGAGAUGCUUCCAGUGGUACGACAGUGAUCAAAAUAUCUGCAGUAGAUGAAGAUGAGGGAAGUAAUGCUGAUAUCAUUUACACUAUUGACUCUGAUAUAGGGAACUUCGAAAUUCAUCCACUUAGUGGUGCAAUUGUCACAAAGGAAAGUCUAAUUGGACUGGAAAAGGGCCUCUAUUCCUUAUUUGUGAAGGCUAAAGAUUCUGGAAGCCCACCAAGGCAAUCUGUUAUUCCAGUUUCAAUUAGAAUAGUUCCCCCUGAAACAUCAAUCCCAAAGUUUGCGGAGCCGUCACUGUGGCUGGAGCUUUCAGAAGACCUGGCUGUCGGAACUGAGAUGGAUAUCUUCCAAACCGAGAAUGAGCGGCCUGUGAUCUACAGCCUUGUUGGAGGGAACACCCCCGAGAGUAACAAAGAUGAUGUCUUUGCUAUUGACAGCAGUACUGGAAAGCUUACACUCACAAAAAGACUAGACUAUGAAACUAUUAAAAGGUAUCAGCUUACAGUGCAGGUCCAAGAUGCUGAAGAUGGCAUAGAAAUUGUCUCAACUAUAGAUGUGAGUAUCCAUCUCAAGGAUGUCAAUGAUAACAGCCCACAAUUUGAGUCCUACCCCUACCAGUCAUAUAUUGUUGAAAACCUACCAAAAGGGACUUCUGUAGUGCAGGUCAAGGCCACCGAUCUGGAUUCCUGGCUGAAUGGUCAGGUCACUUAUACUCUGCAUGAAAUCCAGGAGUGCCCUGACAUUCUGCAGAUGUUUACAGUGGACAGUGUCACGGGCUGGAUAACCACCCUCAAAGAGAUAGACAGAGAAAAGACAGACCGAUAUCGAAUCACGGUGCUGGCCACAGACCGAGCCCAAGGGCUACAGAUGACAGGCACUACUGUUGUAGAAGUGACAGUUGUGGACACAAAUGACAACCCUCCGUUAUUUACUGAAGCAGUUUUUAAAGGCACUGUGAGAGAAGAUGAAUCUACAACAGGAACAGUUGUUACUAUUCUCAGCUAUACUGAUUCUGACAGUGAGGAGGUCAACAGGAGGUUCAGCUACUUUAUCACAGGUGGAGACCCGCAGGGCCUGUUUGAUGUGAAGCACACAGAUGGUGUUUGGGUGGUCGCUGUCAAAAAAACCCUGGACAGGGAGGAGAGAGAUUUCUAUCUUUUAAACAUCACAGCCAUCGAUGGAACCUUUGAGACAAAGGCUACCAUAGAGAUCACUGUCCUUGAUGCAAAUGACAACAGUCCCGUUUGUGAGAAGGAUGUGUAUACUCAAACUGUUCCUGAAGAUGCACUUGUUGGAAGACAAAUUCUUCAAGUCUCAGCCAUUGAUGCAGAUAUCCAGUCAAAUGCAGAAAUCACGUACCAGCUGAGUGGCAGUGGAGCUGAAUCAUUCACAAUUGAUGCCAAAACAGGUGCAGUGAGAACACUGGUAACCCUGGACAGAGAGAUGACAGAUGUGUACAAUCUAACUGUGCGUGCAGUGGACGGAGGCGAUCGUUUCUGCCAAGCUUCUGUGCUCAUCACAGUCGAUGACGUUAAUGACAGCGCCCCCAAAUUCACAUCUGAAAAACAUCAUGUUAGUAUUUUUCAGAAUACACAACCUGGGACGUACGUGGCACGGCUAGAGGCUUUCGAUGCAGAUACUGGGAUGAACGGUAAAAUACAUUACUCGUUUGAAGACUCUGCCGGAGGUCUGUUUUCAAUCGAGGAGAGCUCAGGAAUUAUUAGUUUAGAAAGGUCCCUGGACAGACAGACGAAGGCCAUGCAUGUGCUGAGGGUACGAGCAACAGACCAGGGCUCUCCUCAUAGACUGUCCUCUCUCAGCUCUGUGGUGGUGACAGUGCUGGAUGCUAAUGACCAUUCACUGGCGUUUGAGCAUAGGGAAUACGUUUCCACAGUUCCUGAGGAUGUUACGAUAGGGAAAAAGCUUCUGAAUGUCUUUGCUGCAAGCAGGGACCGGGAAAUUACUUCCCAGACAAUGUACUCUAUCACUAGCGGCAACGAGCAAGGGGCUUUCCGAAUUGAUUCACAAACAGGUGACAUCUUUGUUAUGGAGCCGCUGGACUAUGAGGUGUCUCCACAGCACUACCUGACAGUGAAGGCCACCACCAGAGGAAAACAGUCGCUCAGUGACACAGCUAGUGUUACUAUUCACCUCCUUGACAACAAUGACAACAGCCCUGUGUUCAGCCAGAAGAUCUACUUAGCUGUAGUCAGUGAGGACGCCAAACUUGAGAGUACAGUGCUGACGGUACUAGCGAAUGAUUUUGAUGGGCCUUUAAACAACCGGAUCCACUAUUCCAUUGAGAACAACAACCAAACAUGUCCAUUCAUCAUGGAUGCAGGCAGUGGUGAACUGCGACUGGUCCAUCAGUUGGACAGGGAAAAGGUAGCGAGUUACAUGCUGACCGUUCUGGCUUCCGACAGUGGAAAUCCCCCCAAAUCCGACAGCGCUGCAAUCAACGUGACCGUGUCUGAUGUGAAUGAUAAUCCCCCUGUCUUCUCUCAGGCUAACUACAGUCUCAUCAUCCAGGAGAAUCUGCCUUCAGGGGCCACAGUGUUACAGCUCAAUGUGACAGACAAUGACUCCCCUCAAAAUGGGCCACCUUUCUCCUUUAGUUUUCCGAAGGGUGAUGAGUCAAGCUCAUUCAGCGUAGAACAGCAGGGUGUGGUAAAGACAGCUGGACCACUAAGAAAGGGUCAGCAUAUACUCCAAGUGCAGGUGUCUGACAAUGGAAGGCCUUCACUGAAAUCAGUCACAUCUCUCAGUGUGCUUGUAGUACAGACAAGUGUGUAUCCUCCAUCUGUGCUUUCUCUGGAUGUUUUCAUCAUGAUCUUGGAAGAUGAGUAUUUAGGAGGCAUGCUGGGCCAGGUCCACGCCACAGAUCAAGAUGAAUAUGAUACGCUCACAUUCAGUCUGGAGCCACAGUCACACAGCUUGUUCUCUGUCAUUGGCACGGAUGGCAGACUGUUGGCCUGCGGAGGCUUGGACGUGGGUCAUUACCAGCUUAAUGUCUCAGCCAGUGACGGCCGUUUCUCAGCCUUAGCCAGUGUUACAUUGAAUGUGCUGCGGGUCACAGAGCAGAUGCUGGACAGUUCUGUUUCUGUGUGCUUUGCUGGCAUCACUGCAGAGGAUUUUAUUCAGGACCACUGGAAAAACUUCCAAAAAGCAGUCCGCAGUAUCGCCGGAGUCCGCAGGGGCGCCAUGCAGUUGAUCAGUCUACAGACUGCAGAAACUGGCGACAGCCUGGAUGUUCUUCUGUUCUUUGAGAGAUCAGGACGAGGUGGCAGCUCGCUGGAAGCCCUCUCUCAGAAGCUCAGCUCUUCCAGAGCAGCCAUCAAAGAGAUGACAGGACUACAUGUAGUGCGGGUUUUGAAUAGUCAGUGCUCAAGCUCUGAGUGUCCUGGCAGUAUGUGUAGACGAGUGGUCCUGCUUAACCAGACCAGUAUGGCCACAUACAGCACUGCCCGAGUGAGCUAUGUCACACCCAGACACCACAUGACAGCCAAAUGCCUGUGCACAGACAGAAAGUGCCUGAAGCAUGAAACCACUUGUGUAAACAGCCCAUGUCCAGAGGGCUAUGAGUGUGUGUCAGGCUUUGGGCAAGACAAACACAGCUGCAUAUGCACAGGUGCUGCCAAAGUCAAAUGCUCAGGAGGAUCUUCAAUGACAUUUAAUGAAAGCAGCUACAUUAAAUAUCGCCUGAGGGAAAGCAUGAGAGAAGUGAAGCUCACGCUCAAGUUAAAAACUCUCUCAAGAGAAGGAACAGUAAUGCUUGCCAGAGGAAGAGGCCACAGUGUUUUAGAGAUAGUGGGCGGCCGACUGCAGUUCCAGUUGGAUUGCGGCUGGGGUCUCGCUACAGUUUCUGUGCACAGCGUCCUGGUGAAUGAUGGCCAAUGGCACAUGGCAGAACUUGAGGUGAAGGGUAACUAUGCCAGGCUGAAUCUGGAUCAGCUCCAUUCUGCAUCAGGCAUCGCGCCCGGUCCCCUCCACUGCCUCAACCUGGGUGACCAGGUGGUCCUGGGUGGACACGCUCAACGUCUCGGUUCCAGACUCAGGCGCAAUCUGCCUGUAUCAGACAGCCUACAGGGCUGCAUGGACUCUGUGCUGUUUAAUGGACAGAGACUGUCCUUGGACUCAAAUGGUCCAUUAGGGGUUGCCAUUGAGGACAUGGUGGGAGUGUCUCCUGGCUGUGUCUUCUUCCCAUCUCCAGACUGCUCCAGUAAUCCCUGCCUCAACGGAGGGAGCUGCUUAAUGAGGCAGAGUGGAGGUUAUGUCUGUAAAUGCAGCACUUUAUUCUCUGGGACUCACUGUGAGGUCAAGAUCGGUCUUUGUGACUCCAACCCCUGCCUUUAUGGAGGAACCUGCAUCCAGAAUAACCUGGACUACUACUGUAAAUGCAGGGGCCGGUACUCAGGUCAAAGGUGUCAGAUAGGUCCAUACUGCAAGGAGAAUCCAUGCCAGAAUGGUGGACAGUGUAUAGACGGUCUUGAUGGACCCAUCUGUGAGUGUGAGCCGGGAUUCAAAGGAGAAAGGUGCAUGAUCGAUGUCGACGAGUGUGUGGACAGGCCUUGCUUCAAUGACGGCCGUUGUGUCAACACAUACGGGUCCUUUAACUGUUCCUGCUUGGUGGGAUUCAGCGGGAGACUGUGUGAGAUGGACACAGAAGUCAGAAACCAACUUGUAUCUUCAUCCUGGAACUCUUGGAUUGGAGAACUGGUUGCAAUGCUGGCCUUCUUGACGGCCAUCUUUGUUUGGACAAUGUUUUUCUUAAUAGUGUGGAAAGGAACCUGCAAACCUGGCAAGAGCGAUAAAGUGCUUGAUAAGUACAAAGAUGUUGAUUCUUACAUUCAGAGGUCCAGCGUAUACAACCAAGCCCGAAAAGAAUCGCGCCCGGACACCCCGCCGCAGGUCCCAGUGCGACCCAUCUCCUACACGCCCAGCAUUCCUGGAGAAUGUCGAAACAACCGAGGCUCCGUGUCUGAGUUCAGCAGCUUCACGCCAGAUCCACUCUUUGGUCUUAGGAAGACUGUGGCUGUGUGCAGUGUAGCCCCUAACCUACCACAUCGCAAAGCAUCCCAUUCACAUUUGGAAAAUAAUUCCAUACAGCAAAUGGACUGGGAUGAGGAGUAUGAUGAAAUAUUCCUAGACUUGACUUCCUGUUUAGCAGUUGAAGACGACAGUAUUUCUUUGUCUCAUGAUAAUAGAGGUCUGCGGUCCAUGUGCUCUCUCCAAUCAGACGUCACGGAUGACAACAGCUAUUACUGGGAUACCUCAGAUUGCCUUCAGAAUAUCUAUUCUCCUGGGAUCCAAGGUUUUCUCCAGUAUGAAUUGGUGCAGAUGCCCUCCUUCAUGCACACUGCUCCAGAAAUUCUUGACAUGGGCUACCUUACUGGUGGCGAUGACACUGAGCACUUCCUGCCAAUUCCAGCUCUCCCUCUUAAUACUGACAUGUCUGCAGUUCCAGAGUAUGACCAGUAUACCAUGCCAGAGGUCCACCAUGUUAUCCACCCAACAGCUAGAUCAAACUCCAUGUCUUCUAGUCAACAUCACAUCCAUGACUACUCACAGCCUAUUCAAACAACCUUUGGGAUGCCUCAAGGCCAUCAUAUAGGACCUGCUGGGGUUCCUGAUUCCUUAGAAAGUCCUGUGUGAGAGCCACACACUUCUAAAUUCCAUCAGACUUGCCAACCAGUGGUUAGAAAUUCAAUUCUACAGUUACUGACCAUAAAGAACUUCAUAAAGAUGUUGUUGGUAACACUACCAGAGACUGAAGUGUGACCGUUUAUAGGCUCUCAUUUGAAAUCACCAUUAAUCACUAAUGCAG